CCAAAAUUGAACUAAAUUUUUUUAUAUUAGGAAUACACUAUUUUGCCGUUUCUUUGCUUUUCAAUGACCCCAAAAGAAACCAAAAGUUUUUAUAUUAGGAAAAAAAUAAGACUCGUAGAAGAGUUUUACACAUAUUAAGAGUUCUAAAGUUAUUAUGAUAAAUAGUUUACCUAGAAGAACAAGAACUCUUCAUAUAGUCCAAGUGAUAAUCAUCCAAAGUAACUCAUAAUACUUUUCAAAUACCACUCUUUAAUAUUUGAUGCUGCAAAGAAAGAGAGAAGCUGAAAGAACAAACAUGAGUACGACUACUCCAGGUAAGAGCCAAAAUAUCCAAUUCCCACAUUUUGAUGUUGUAUCAGAUGAAUCAGACCAUUACUACAUCAAAUCAAACAAAUCCGAUAAGGCACAAAAUUGCUUCAAGGAUGCAAACACUUCUACAUACAGAAGCAUCAUGAAAGAAUGGAAAAUCCUUGAGAAAAAUCUCCCUGAAUCCAUUUACGUUCGCGCUUAUGAAAUGCGUAUGGAUCUGCUCCGAGCAGUAAUCAUUGGUGCCCCGGGGACUCCUUACCACGACGGUCUAUUCUUCUUUGACAUUGUAUUUCCUUCAGAUUACCCGAGCCAUCCUCCGAGUGUUUACUAUUUGUCACGAGGCUAUCAUAUGAAUCCGAAUCUUUAUACCAACGGAUAUGUUUGUUUGAGCCUAAUCAACACUUGGAAAGGCAGAACUUCGUCGGAAAUGUGGACAGCUAAAACUUCUACAGUCCUUCAGCUCCUUGUCUCGAUCCAGGGGCUCGUGCUCAACGAUCAACCUUACUUCAACGAGCCUGGACGCGAAAAACAUAUUAAGUCUGAGAGUUGGCUGCAGAAGUCUUUAGCUUACAAUAGGGAAGUCUUUAUUUUGUCCUGUAAAACGAUGCUUUGUCACAUUCGCACGCCUCCAAAGAAUUUCGAGGCCUUUGUCUACGAGCAUUUUCGCGAACGUGGAGAGUCCAUAUUGGUGACUAUUAAAGCCUAUAGUGAUGGCAAGGCAAUUGUAGGUCAUUAUCAAGGAGAUAGCCAGAAGUCGUCGUGUGUUAAAGUGCCUGCUGAUUUUCAGAACAAUUUGAAGAAAAUGUGUGCUGAUUUACAAAGGGCUUUCAACAAUUUAACCAAUUCAAAUACUCCAAAUCAGGUUGCCAGAAAAAAAAAGGAUCCAGCUAAGAAGAAGAAGAAAGGGAAAAAAGCAAAGGAGCCAUCAAGUGGACUUAUGCAGAGAAUAAUAGGCUUUAUCAAGAACAUUUUUUGAAUCAGCGAAAUAUUAUGUUUUAAAAAAUUUCAUUAAGAAUAAGUAGAGUAGUAGCAAAAAUGAAAUGUUUACUUCAGAUUUAGAUGUCAUUAUAUGAUCUGUAAGUCAGUAUCGCAGUAGUCUGUCUCAUACUCAACUAGAGUUUAAUUCAAGAUUUAUAAUCGGUGGUUUCAGAAUGAA